CUACAAUUAUUAGAAACCGGGAGUUGCUAAGGAAGACGCUAUUUAGGGAAAAAUAAAUAAAAAAGUAAAGUUUAGUGCUAUGUAAACUUGUACUAUAAAAUAAAGCUAACUUUGAUUUAUGAAUAUUAGCGUUAUAUAUUCAAAAUAAGCACAGUUUUUCAUCUUUUCAUUCAAAAACCGCGAAGUUAAUAGCAACACGAUUUGCUUGUUUCUGAUCACGUGUAUGCUGAAUUUAUUCAACUGAUUAUUAAGUUUAAAAGUGUAGAGAAAAACUGAUUUAUAUGGGAACAUAAUUGUUUUGGACUUUGGAAUGCUGCCGUCUAAAAUGCAAGUUAACAAAAAACUAUUACCUAUAAAAGGACAUUAUUUUUUUUUCAAUGCUGGCACAGCACCGCUUGUCCCAUAUUUGACAACAUACGCACGGCAAUUGGGAUUUUCUUCUACAACAGUAGGCUUAAUCUAUACUGUAUUACCAAUAUGUGGAUUGAUUGCGAAACCAUUGUUCGGUGUUAUUGCGGAUAGAUUUAAACUGCAGAAAUCAAUAUUUAUAUUGUUUCAAUUCGUGACUAUAAUAAGCUUCUCAGCAAUAUACUUUGUGCCACACAAUCGGCCCAAAAUAAAUGUAGAACUCAAUUGUGGUCCGGCUGGUACAGUUUUAACAAGCUGCUACAAAGAUUCACCGUCGUUGGACUGUAAAAUUCAAGCAACGGGCGACUUAAAUGUCACAUCAACCUGCAAGAUGGAGUGUAACAUGGGAAACCCGAGGAUGUGGGAAACAGUGUGCGAAUACUGGCAUCUACCUCAGUACUGUUAUUCGAACACUGAUCGGAUACGAUAUACGUCCCACGUAACAAAUGUCACAUUAAAGGAUGAUUGCGCAUAUUUUUCAGCCAAUAGUGUCAUUCUGGACGGCUUGAAGUUCACGCCGCGAUGUCGGAUAGGACAGAACUACGUCGAUGUAAACGAGCCGUGUUCGUUAAAUUGCACAAAUGAAAAUCUUUCAUCGGUGAUCGGGAGGGAAAAAGCGAACAUGACUUGUGUGGAUCGACAUUUGAACUAUCGUCUGUGUACGAACUCUAGCCUCGCGGAUUUGACUAAACAAAACAUAGAAAGUGACUGUCAGGCAGAUUGUGUUCUGGAUAAAAAAACUCCUUGGCGUUUAAUGGAAAUUUGCGAGGAAUGGCAUGCUGACGUCACCGAAACGUGCUACCCAAAGACGAGUAAUGACGAACCGUUUCCAUCUAAAUUAUCAUUCACGGCCACGUUGAAGUUGUCGUCAAUGAUAUCGGUGGAGAAUUGUGUUUACAUCAAACUAAAGAACAUCAUAAUGGACAAUGGUACCAUACAUUAUCCUUAUUGUGAAAUGAAAACUGAUUAUCAAAACACUUCACAGUUGUUCGAGUCCAAUUGCGAAAUGAACUGCGAUAACACUAUGGUAAAUGAGAUAUUCGAAGAAUCUCAAGAGAGUACUGAAGUGGAGGAGAGCUCACAGUUCACAAGUCAGUUUUGGAUGUUUUUCAUGUUUAUGAUCAUUAGUUGGGUGGGACAGGCCGUCGUUGUGACUUUCGCUGAUGCUAUUUGUUUCAAUUUACUUGGUACCGAAGUCGCCCAAUACGGAAAACAGAGGCUAUGGGGCUCGGUAGGUUGGGGUAUAUUCUCGUUCCUAACUGGUUUUCUCAUCGACACAUUCAGCGACGGCGCGUACAAGGAUUACACGGUGGCGUUCGUGCUGAUGUUUGUAUUUAUGAUGGGAGACGUCAUCGUUUCAUGUUUUUUGAAGACCGACUCGACAAAGAUGUCGUUGAACAUCUUGGGUGACGUCGGAACCCUUCUGACCUCGCUACCCACUUUCGUAUUCAUGAUGUGGACGGUGGCGGUGGGAUUGUGCACGGGAUUGUUGUGGAACUUUCUGUUUUGGCUCCUCGAAGACGUUUCGCGUUUAUCUUGCGACAGUGUUAUGUACAUAAAAACACUGCAGGGCUUGGUAAGCGCGAUCCAAACGUUCUUCGGCGAGAUACCUUUCUUGUUCGUGUCAGGUUAUAUCUUGAAGAAAGUCGGACACGUGAAGAUGAUGAGUCUGGUCUUGUUCGCCUUCGGUGUUAGAUUCAUACUAUACUCGUUUCUAACGAACGCCUGGUGGAUCCUACCAAUAGAGAUGCUUCAGGGUAUCACUUUUGGGAUGUUCUACCCGACCAUGACGUCAUAUGCUAGUAUAGUAUCACCACCGGGCACAGAAACUACCAUACAGGGCCUCGUCGGUGCCGUUUUCGAGGGCGUUGGCGCUUCUCUUGGUAGUUUCAUAGGCGGACAAUUGUACCAUCACUAUCAGGGCUGGAUCACGUUCCGUAUAUACGGAAUAGGUUCGCUUGUCUGUUGCGCGCUGCACUUGACCGUGCAGUACGUGUUCAAAGACAAAAUUCAACGUGUCGGACUUUCUCAAGGUUUGUGUUUGCCGGUAACGUCCACUUCUUUCUACAUCGCGGAAAAGAUGCAGUUCCUCAUAGCGGCAUUUAAAACAGAGGCCAACAUGAUUAUCAGUUAUUGAAAUUCC